GUUUAAUUCAAUUCCAAGAUAAUAACUCUCACCAAGUCACCCGCCCCACGCCCCUUUUUCCUUUCUAAUUCUCUCUCUUUUCAUCAUUGCACCUUAUCCUUCUCUUUCUAUUUUCCUACAAGGAACUUUCUAGAAUCCUCAUUCCAUCAGAUCUAAUCUUGCAUGUACUAAUUAAUUCAUCGCUGGUUUCGUGGUGGCAUGGAGUCGCCGGUAAGGGGAGGAGACACCGGUACCGGUAGUAGAUCUCUUCCGACGCCGUUUUUGACGAAAACCUAUCAGCUUGUUGAUGAUAAAUCGAUUGAUGAAGUAAUAUCGUGGAACGAAGAUGGAUCUAGUUUUAUAGUUUGGAAUCCAGCCGAAUUUGCAAAGGAUUUACUCCCCAAAUAUUUCAAACACAAUAAUUUCUCUAGUUUUGUCCGCCAGCUCAACACCUAUGGAUUUAGGAAGGUUGUGCCUGACCGAUGGGAGUUUUCAAAUGAAUGUUUCCGUAGAGGUGAAAAGCACAUGUUAUGUGAUAUACAACGGCGGAAGAUCGUCGCAGCUCAACCACCUGCUCCUCCGGCACCAGCCGUCGUCGUAGCUCCUCCUGUUGCAGCUGUACUAUCUCCGACGAUAAGGACGACUGUAUCUCCUUCUGACUCAGGUGAAGAACAAGUUUUAUCAUCAAAUUCAUCUCGAGGCGGCGGCGGAACAACUAACUUAUCUAGAGAAACAACCGCUUCCGGCGGAACGAACACCGAUCUCGCCGGUGAAAACGAGAGGUUGAGAAGAGAAAAUCAUCAGCUUAGUAAAGAGUUGAAUCAGAUGAAGAGUUUAUGUUCUAAUAUAUACCUAAUGAUGUCUAAUUACGCUUCCGAUAAACCGUCGGAAGGAAGCAGUUCACAACAGUCGCCGGCGCCAAUAGCGGCGGAGAACGACACUUUGAAACCGCUAGAUCUUUUGCCGUUGAGGCGGUUGGCCGAGGAGUGUUUAGGUAAGGCCGACGCCUUAGACAGCGGCGGUAGUGGUGAGAUGGAACCUGGUGGAAUUAGCCCUAGGUUAUUUGGUGUAGCUAUAGGUUUAAAACGGUUAAGAGAGAACGGAUCCGGAUCGACGGAACACGAUAAUGAGCUGCAGCUGCAGCAGCCUGGAUUAGAUAUGAAACCUGAGCCGUUGGAUCAAAAUGGGAACGGUAGUAGUAGCGUUGUGGUUGAUAAUAAUGAAUCUAGUUGGACGAUGAAGAAAUGUCAGCGGUCAGAUUGUGGUUAGAUUUGUGUGACUUUUAAUUUUGGGAUUGAAAUGGAAAGGGAUGAAAAACAUGAGGAGGAAAAAUGUAAAUGUGGCGAAGUCCUAGAGAUAAGCACGUGCCACUUUGAAGUCACGUGUCGAUUGUUGUCGGGUGGUAGAUAUGGACCAAGUGCUAGAAGUUUCCUGGACUUUUUUGGCCUUUGAUUUUUCAUUUAAAAGGAGAAAGUGUAUUUUUUUUUUUUACUGUAAAUUUGGGCUCAGCAGUAUGUCUCUUCGUAUACUCAAUUUCAAUUCUAGAGGAGAAAACCCUUGUAUUCA